AUGUACUACUACGGCAACUACUAUGGAGGUCUAGGUUGUGGCUGCAACUAUUAUGGUGGCCUGGGCUAUGGCUAUGGUGGCUAUGGCUGUGGCUAUGGUGGCUAUGGUUUUGGCUGCCACCGCCCAUGGUGCUAUGGAAGAUACUGGUCCUAUGGCUUCUACUGA